UCUACUUUGCUCUUACCCUCGCUGCCCCCCAGAUCACCUUUGCCUCUCCCUACUUCUCUCUCCAGACGAUUCUCUUUUCAACUUUACCGCCGCCCUUCCGCACUCCAAGGGCCCGCCGUCGGCUUCACCAACUCCGUGCCGCCUGGAAGUGAAACAUACACAGUAGGUGAUUUUAUGACAAGGAAGGAGAAUUUACAUGUUGUGAAACCAACAACAAGUGUUGAUGAAGCGUUGGAGGCUCUCGUGGAGAAGAGAAUAACUGGCUUUCCAGUGAUUGAUGAUGACUGGAAAUUGGUUGGUGUAGUUUCAGACUAUGACUUGUUAGCACUCGAUUCAAUAUCAGGUGGCAGUCAAAGUGACACAAGUGUGUUUCCUGAUGUCAAUAGUUCAUGGAAAACAUUCAAUGAGAUACAUAACCUGCUAAAUAAAACUAAUGGCAAGGUUGUCGGCGACUUGAUGACACCUGCUCCACUUGUUGUUCACGAAUCCACCAAUCUGGAAGAUGCUGCUAGGUUGUUGCUUGAAACAAAAUACCGUCGAUUGCCUGUGGUAGAUGGUGAUGGUAAGCUGGUUGGAAUAAUAACCAGGGGAAAUGUUGUUAGAGCUGCUCUUCAAAUAAAACAUGCUGGCGAAAAGUCGGCUUAGUUGAGAAGACCAGUGUUGGAACUACUUUGCUGGUGCAGUCUUUGAAUCGCAUUGAUGCAUCGUUCUUUUGGCGUCACUGUGGUACUCUUUUUAUUAUGGGUUCGUUUGGAGGGGGGCUUUAUAAUUUUGUCUGUCCCAGUCAUUUGCUGCCCGAGUACAGCAUUUAGGUAUUUUUCAAGUGACUGAUUGAUUUCUUCUUCUGUUAUACACUGGGGGGUUAUAGGUAGCUUGCGCCUGUAAUUAUCAGUUUAUGUUCUUUGUUAUAUAAAUUGAGAAAUACUGGCUAUAGGAUUGGAUUUGACUUGGUGCAGCCUAAGCUGACAUUGUGGUCACUAUUUUGAUGUAAUUUAUAUUCAAACAGUCAAAACUCUUGUGAAAGUAUAAAAUAUUUGUUAAGCCCAUAACAUUAUAAAUUGAA